AUGCUCGUUCCGUGGCUUUUUCCUUUCACCAAAGCCUCCUCUUCCCGCUUUUUCUUGCUGGACGAUGAGCGAGGUCUACCGGCUGCAAGAUGCCCUGCAGAUGUUUUAGCUUUCCUGGGAUUUGUUCUGAUGUUUGUCUUGCAUCUUGGCAUCAUCAGGCCCCCAAGCUUCCGAUAUGUCAGCGAGGAGUCCGACGCUUCGAGAUUCUACCACCUGGGUGGCUCUCUAGAAAGGGCCCAGGUUGAGACCUCCGGCCCUCCUCCGGUCGACGCGAACGCCUCGCAGGGCGCCAAGGCGAAGACGAAGGUCAAGAAGGUUCGGGCCACAAAGAACGCAGCAAAAGCCGACGAAGCCGAAGCGGGCCUGGAAGCAAAGGAGGCAGAGGCAGCGAAAGCGCCUGCCGAGGCACCAGCUCCAGCGAAAGGCAAAGACAAGGGCUCUGCCAAGGGUGCUGCAAAGGGCCCGCCUGUGAAAGUGGAGGGAACUUCCUCUGCACCGGAGCAUGAGCAGAAGGAGGCAGCAACAGACCCGGACGAGACGGAGCAGCCAGAGGACGUGAAGGAGUUCUUGGACAGUUGCGAUCCCAAUGCCUUGGACAUUGGCAAAGAGACUUCCGACCUUGUUGCCGAUGGCAAAAGCUUGCAGACCAGGGAGCUCAUUGCAGCCGCCGUCUCAGGGCAAAGCCAUGUUGCCUGGGAGCUGUUACGGUCCCGAGCUGACGUGAAUGCCAGAGAUUCCUAUGGACGCACGGCACUCUCGGCAGCUUUCUGCUCGCCGGAUUGCGACAUCCACAUGUGGUUUCUGCUGCAUCACGCAGCAGAUCAGCAGCGCAAGACGCCCAAUCAGAGGUCGGAAGCUCAAGAAGGCGUCGGAGAGGAGCAGACUCGGACCGUGCAUACGCCCUCACACGAUCAAGCAGACAUCCGGGAGGAUGAGUUCUCGCGCAUGCCCCCUGACGCGGACACGAAAGCAAAAAUCAUGGCAGACAGCAGCCGGGCGGAUGAGUAUCGGACCUUGCGCAUGCUUGUUACACUGUUGCGUGGAGAGGGGCAGAUCUUCACAAAAAUGCUUGACGGCUUCCUGAAAGAGGUUGAGCCCGGACACUACCGCUCUGAGAGAUUGAAGGAGAGGAUGCGCACCGUCCUUUGCGAUUAUGGACGGGACAGGCAGCGGGCAGAGGAUUUUGUUAAAGAUCGGAAGACCCAGAAGUCCGUGUUCACUAUGACCGAUCGUGCCAAGAAGCCAGAAGAUGUCGACGAAUGCAACCUAAGCUGGCACAAUAUGCUCUACGCCCCGGAAGUACAAGUGUCUUUGCGAAGUCUGCCGAUCCCGGCACCUCUGGCAUGCGAGCCCUCGGUUCUUGCAGCACUGGCAGAGACCGCUAACGAGGAGACGCUACAAACAGAUGCUGUGGAAGCCAUCACCGCCGCCGCGUGGCUCCAGAUGCGAGUGGAAACCGCGAUGGACAACUUUCUGAACUUCUUGGCUUUGGGAUGUUUGUGUCUGGUAACGUGGGCGUGUCGUACAGGAGACAUGGAUGCCCAGCCUGCGCUAUGGGUCCUGGCAAUGAUUCAGUUCAAGGAAGCUGUGGAGUUGCUCUCGCAGCUUGGUUUCUUUUGCUGGGGCUGGCUCUCCUCCAGCAGCACGAACGCUCAAAGCGAGCCGCCUGUGGAUCGCGUGAACGGGAAAGACAUGACGCUACUGGGUGAUGCAGAUAUCUCUUGGGUUCAUCCUGCUCCCAGCCCGGAAACUCUGGUUGACUUCUUCUUCGUGGUAGCCGGCUACUUCGCUAUCUAUCGCCAGAUGGAUCUCUGCAGCGAUGGCGAGUUAGAGCCCAUCUUCUUGCCAGCAUUUUGCUCGAUGUACUGGCUCCGGCUCAUGUACAGCCUCCGUGGGGAGCGGUGGCUGGGGCCCUACCUUCUACCGAUUCUCUCAGCCGUUCGAGACACCGGGGCGUUCUUCUUCGUCACCUCCCUCUGUGUCGGCAGUGCGACUCAUGCCUACGUGAUCAUGAACCCCCGAGGCGGGGACGAAUACCCCAUAUACUCUUCCUUCUUGCACACGGUUCGACUGGCCAUCUUCGGGGACUUUGACCUCUUUGAGUACCAGGGCCAAGACACUACCUUCCAGCAAGUGGAGGGCGAGUGGGCGCCGAAUGACCCCAGCCCGAAAGAUGUGGGAGAGGACCCGGACAGUCCCUACAGGCCUUACAUCUACCUACAGCUGUGCUUCUUUGGCACGGGGAUUGGCAUUACGGUGCUGCUGAUGAACCUGCUGAUUGCCAUUCUGAGCCAAAACUACGAGAUGCAACAAGACCGGGCACAAGGGCUCUUCGUGCAGGCCCGCGCGCGUAUGCUGCUGGAGGUACGGCGCAGGCCGUGGAUAAUGGUCUACAUGUGGCUCCGUCGCAAGCUCUUUGACCCCGGGGCCGACCAGCCUCCGGCCCCUUCUUGGCAUCUUCAGAUGCUGGCGAAGAUCGCCCUGAGCCCACUGAAAUUGAUCAUGCAGCCUUUCGUCCCGGGGGCGUACUACCAGGAGAACAUUUUCAAACAUUUCGAAAAAUUCAUCCAUCGUGCUCUCUGGGGCCCUGUGACGAAGCACAAAUUUUUGGCUCUUGGCAUCCCCGUAGUGUGCGUGGUGCUGCUGGUUGGAUCGCUGAUAAGCCUGCUGGUUUUUGCCUUCAUCGUCUUGGUGCUACCAGCAGUAGGUUUUCGACUCACAGGCAUUCGCUACACGCUCAACCACAGCUUGUUCGGCCUCUUUGGAGAUCGCUUUGCCGAGGAGUGUGAGAUUUUUGCGCUGGUCCGGGCGGAAACUGGUUUGGACGAUCUGCGAAGCAUGCGCAGCGACCUAAAGGACCUCAGGCAUGUCAUUGUCGUUUCGAAAACGUGGUGUGUUGUGGUUGCUGCUGCUUGA